UUCAGAACGUGUCAUUCUCGAGGCAGCUCGUCGACUCUUUGGUCGUACGCGUUUACCUUCCAGUUCUUUAGAGUCGUUCGGUUUUCGUCUUUGCUUCUAUUUAUUGCGCCAUUUUGCUGGCAGACGAAGAGAUCUGUUAUUAGCUCGCAGUGUUGUUUGUUUGAUUUCUCCGUCUGUGUGCACCAUUCGAUUUGUUUUCUUGUUGUUGGUUUCAUCACCGGAUAUUCGACUUCUUUUUUUUUCGGUUCUCGUGGAAGAAAGUGUUUGCAAGAAUCGACACAACUGCCGUUACUCUCUGUACGUUCACCUCUGCCCCAUCAGCGAGUGACUUUUUCCUUCUGUUGGGAAAUAGAAGGGGAGGAGGAGACAUACAAACAAAAUUCUCUGAAAAAAAAAAAGAAAAAAGAAACUUGUUUUCCAGUAACUUUUUCUUCUUCUCCUCUUUGAUGCCGAGUUGGUAGUUGGGGAGGUUUUUAGCAGCUCACAUUUUCAACGCGUCUAGAACCCCGAAAUCUAUUCUCCAUUUUUAUUUUUUGGGGGGGAGAUUUGUUCUUUCCUUCAUGGCUCGCUGGACGACGUUCGUUGUUGGUGUGGCCUUGGCUUUGUUCGCCGCUGCAGUGUCGAAUGCCGAAACUCAAGUUCCCCGUUUGGAUGGAACUGGCAAGAGUGGCAGCAACGGCUAUCACGGCCUCGUCGACGAAGAUAAACUGAUUGUCGAUGUGACACCCAAAAUCAGGGCCAUCGGCGCCGAAAUCUGCGCCUUCCGCAUCGUCAAUAAACAUCACGGCGAGACUCCGUUCGAGAUUGUGGUGAAAGAUCGGGAGAAGGGCGAAGCUGAACUACGGGCCAAGAAGGGCCUCAAUUGUGAAAAGAAGAAAAACUACAAGUUUGACAUCGUAGCCGUUUCCUGCGCCGGAAUCUCAUCCGAAAACGCGACGGUGCACAUCAGCGUCAAUGACGUCAAUGAAUACGCGCCGAAAUUCAACCAGCCGUCGUACGUCGUCGACGUGGACGAAGGUCGUCCUACCGACAAGAUUCUGCAAGUGGAGGCCAACGAUGCCGACUGUUCGGCCAAGUAUGGCGACAUUUGUCGUUACGACAUUCUCAACAAAGAUCAACCAUUUGCCAUCGACAAUGAAGGUGUAAUUCGAAACACGGAGCCUUUGGAUUACGAAAAGAAUCACAAUCACAUCCUGCAAGUGGUCGCCUUUGAUUGCGGAAUGAAACGCUCCGAGCCAGUCCUGGUCAGCGUUAAAGUUAACCGAGUCUGUCGCCUCGGAUGGACGGGUAUCAGUGAACGCGUCGAGUACGUUCCCGGUUCAGGUCGACAGGAUCUCUUUCCCGAGGCUUUAAUCAACUUGUGCGAUUUCCCUUGCCAACCGGAAUCCAUCCAGGCGCGUCUUACUUUGGCUUCCUCCCAUCUGGGAAAGAACUGCGACCGCGAUACUUAUACCAUCCAGAACCAAAGGAAAUUGUGCGGAGCCAAUAGCCGUGCCAUCGAUCUCUUGCCACCACCAGGACCUGGGGCCGAAUGGACGCGUGACCUCCCCGUUGACCAAGGACGUGAAGCCGAUCAGGUUUUCGUGUUUGACGGAGCAACAGGCGUGACCGUACCGCCGGAAGUGAUGUCUCACAAUCUGACGAGGAAUUUCACCAUGUCCGUGUGGCUGAAACACGAGCACCACGCCGGGCAGGACAAACACGUCAAGGAACACAUUCUCUGCAAUGCGGAUGAUCACCAAAUGAACCGGCAUCAUUUCUCUUUGUUUAUCCGCAAUUGUCGGCUCAUUUUACUUUUGCGUCGUGAGUUUGGAGACGGCGAUCUCAAGAGUUUCCGGCCGGCCGAGUUUCGCUGGAAAUUGCCUCAGGUUUGCGACGGACAAUGGCAUCACUACGCUGUUUCCAUGGAGUUCCCAGAAGUUCAACUGUACGUCGAUGGACGCCCCAUGGUAGCCAGCAAAAACAACCCUGAAAUUAUUGAUGACUGGCCACUCCAUAACAGUCACGGACUGAACACAACUCUCACGGUCGGCGCUUGCUGGCAAGGAUCCCAAAGCCGGAUGCAGCAUUUUAUGCGCGGAUCAAUGGCUGGCCUUUCGGUGCUCGCUGGCCAAAUCGAACUCGACGAAGUGAUUGCUUGUUUGCACAAGUGCAAAGAGAAUCUAGAAGCUCCGCCGAUGGAACUUCUUCAACCAGGCAUGGAAAUCCUCAACAACAACGAUUUGACGGAGUUGACGUUGGAGGGCGAGAACAAAACCAAUUUGGAGGUACUUUUGCGUAAAGUAGCCUAUGCAAAUUUGAGGGAUUUCCCUACACCCGGUCGCCGUCCGCUUCGUCUCUACACCAACAUCAUCUGCUCGUCUGGCCGAACGCUCAAGAUCCCCGUCCUGGAGAGCGCCAUUGUCGUGCAGGCUACUCCGUUGCCUAUUGUGACGGUGACGGGCCUGUCCAGCUCGCACUACGGCUACGAAUCGCUUCGCAGUGGCGUCCAUCUCUUCCCCGACGCUCGCAUUGAAGUGAGUAACGCUGACGCGGCGGCCGCAGCUGCCAAUGAAGAAUCUUCAUCCGAAGAGGAUGAAUCGUCGGAGGAGGAAGACUUAUUGAUGAACAUUGCGCAGCGGAUCGAUUCCUGCACGGCCACAGUCUACCCGCCGCUCAAUCCCGAUCACGAGACGCUGACGUGGCCUCAGAAUCUUCUCAACCAGUUCAAGAUUGAGGCUAAAUUCAGCCACGACGGAGUUACGUUGAUGGGCAGCGAGUCGACAAACCACUACGAGCAGAUCUUGCAUCAGCUCCAGUACAACAACCACAAACCGGCUUUCUACUUGACCCGAGCUUUCAAGCUCAUCUGCUCGCAGAUGAGCGGGCGUUUUGCCAGCAACGAGCUCGUCCACACUGUCACCGUUGAUCAUCCGCAAGCGUCUUCAUUCGUUGAUGGAUCGACUCCUAGCCCGGUGGUGGCCACUUCUAGCACUUCAGGCGCUGCAUCCAGCUCGUCGGCUGGCCAUUCGACCGAACCAUCUACCAGCGCUCCGCAACCACCCAACCAACAGACGUUGAGUCAUCAGAGCAAGACGGCGGCACCGGCUCACGCCAAGAUUGACCGACAUCAUGUAGACAUCCGUCCCGUCGGCCCCAUUACCUCCAUCUCGGAUGUUUAUAUGGGCAUGGGUGGGACCGUACAGGGCCAUCUGUCCAGCGGUGCUAGCCACACGGUGACGAUCAUCGUAAUGGUAUGCGCCGGUUUCCUGCUCUUGAUGAUUAGUUUGGGAGUGGUUCGCGUUCGUGCCGCUAGACGCCGCGCCCAACAAGACGAGACGACAGCCGACACUGAAAUGGCCUGGGAUGAUUCCGCUCUUACCAUCACCGUCAACCCGAUGGAGACGCUGGAAGCAGCCGAAAAGUCGACCAUGACGCGAACUUCGCACCGUCACGACGAUUCCGAUUCGGAAGACGAUAGUUGCCGUGGCAACGAUUCCAGCGACGAAGAUGCCGAAGAUGAUGAUGACGAUGAUGAUGACGAUGGAGGCGUUUGCAAAGCCCGUGACCUCGAGUGGGACAAUUCCACUCUGAGCAUCUAAAAGAAACGAGAAAGCAAAGCAAAAACGCAGCUGAUAUCAUUCUCUCUCCAUUUUGUUAUUUUUUACUUUUUUUAUUUUUUUGGGGUUUUAACACCUUUCUCACUUUCUUGUCGUCCAAAAAAACAACAACAAACCAAUCCGCUCUCUAUCCUUUAACCUUUUAAUGGCACUUUUUUGUUUUUCUGUUCGGUUGUCUCUUUAAAAACAAAAACAAAAUCCAAUUUCAAUGACAAAUUGACGGGCUUCUAAAUAGGCAAAAAAAAAAAAAAAGAAAAAAAGGUAAAUCUCGGCAAUGCGUAUAUAUAACAGACACACACACAAAAAUGGAGACAAAAUUAAUUGCCGGAUUGUUGUAUCGUAUACAUUACCAUGUCGGUGUUCGUUUCCUCUUUCUCUUUCUACCACCAUUUUUUUUUUCCAUUAAUUUUUUGUUUUAAUUCUGUAUGUCCCAUCUUCUUUUUCCUUGAAAAACGUGUAACAAGGCAAUUAAUAGUUGUUGUUCGUUUCCUGAUGAAACAUGAAAGACUACCGAAACACA